CAGAGGCUAAAGAGAGAUAGACAUUUAGGUAUGCACAUCAGGAGUAUGGGACCCAGCUCUUGGUGCAGCCAACCAGCAGGAUGAGAACUGAUGCCUAGUUAGGUCCACCCAGACACGAGGAAGAAUUUACUUGAUGUGUGUGUGACUGAGCACUGGAACAGACUGCCCAGAGAGCUUAGAGUUGUUCCAGAACUGUCUGGACACAAUCCCGUGCCCUGUGCUCCAGGACGACCCUGCUUAAGGAGGCUGGGCCAGAUGCCCCUGUUCCCUCCCAACCUGACAGACUCUGGAGGAGCCGGAGCUUUCGGGAAGUGGACCUGGAAGUGAACCGAGGUCAGGAUGGCUUCGGUUGAAAGGGAGACCUUGUCCCAAGAGGAACUCCGGAAAAAGCUGUAUCAGACUUUUAAGAGCCGAGGCGUACUGGACACACUUAAGACACAGCUCCGAAACCAGCUAAUCCAUGAACUAAUGCACCCAAUUUUGAGUGGAGAACUGCAGCCACAGAUGGUUCCAAGUGAAAAUGGUUCACUUUUGAUCACUGCUUCCAACAGUUUGGUGGCAGAUCAUCUAGAGAGAUGUGGCUACGAGUAUUCACUUUCUGUUUUCUUUCCAGAAAGUGGGUUAGAGAAGAAGAAGCUGUGGACUACGCAAGAUCUUCUUCAAUUAAUGAGGAUCAAUCCAAAAUCCAAUCUUUACAAAUCACUGACUUCAGGAACUCGGAAGGAAAAUAAAGGUUUCCUUAUGCAAAUUUUAAUCGGACUUACAGAACAUCAUCUAAACAGGGAAACUCACAACACAGAAACUCAGACCACUUCAGUGCCUCCUUACAGAGAGUCUCUUGCCGAGAAGUUUCAGCUGAUUGAUGAACAAUUUGCAGACUCCUAUCCUCAGCAUCAGAAAUAUGAAUCUUUAGAAGUAAAACUUAAUGAAUAUAGAAAAGAAAUAGAGAAGCAGCUUCAAGAAGAAAUGCAUCAAAAGCUUGAACAUUUUAAAGAAGUUGAAAUAGCAAAGAUUAAAAUGGAGGAGAAAGUGCAGACCCAGAAAGAAAUCUCUGAGCUGCGCCAUGAGUUAGAGAAGACACAUCAAGCAAAGUCUGAAGCCUUGAUUUCUCGUGAAAAGAAUGCUAUUGAGAGGCUUCAAAAGCAACAAGAGAUAGAAGCAAAGGAAGUGUAUGCUCAGAGACAAAGUCUGUUGAAAGAUAUUGAAUCCAUAAGGACCAGGGAGGCAGAGCUGAAGCAAAGGAUGGAGGCAUUUGAAAUCACCCAGAAAGUUCAGGAGGAGAAAAAUAAAGCUAUAGAAGAUGCACUUCGGCGUCGUGAGGUUGCUGUGAAGAACAUAGAGGAGACAUAUGACCAAAAGCUGAAGACAGAACUCUUAAAAUAUCAGCUUGAAUUAAAAGAAGAAUACAUAGCCAGAACCAAUAAAGUUACUGAAGAUGAGAAAAAAAAUAAAGAGAAAGCUAUGCUUUUGCAAGAAGAAGCCACUGCUGUUAAUUCAAAAAAGGAGGAACUCAAGCAAGCUGUAUCACGCACCAAAGAGCUUGAGCUGGAUUUGGAAUCAGUGAAGGCCCAGGUUCUGUUGGUAAAUAAACAGAAUCAGUUGUUGACAGAAAAACUGAAAGAGAUGUCAGACUAUCCUUUGCUAAAGGAGGAAAAAUUGGAGCUCCAAGUGCAGAAUAAACUACUUAGGCAACAGUUGGAUGAGACUCGGAAUGAGAACCAGCAUCUUCGAGACAAGCUGUCCCAGCCCUCGGCAGAGUACCUGGCCUGCCAAGUGGAGCUGAGGAGAGUGGAACAUUCUAAGAAGCUGGUGCUGGAUGAAUUUGAAAGUCAUAAACAGAUGUUGGAAAAACAGCUACAAAGUGAGAUUGAACGUUGUGCCCAGUUAAAGGCACAACUCUUAGACUCUGAAGCUACUGUCAGGAAGUUAAAUGUGCAGGUUGAAGAACUGAAACUGCAGGUGAAACAAACACAGGCAGCCCUGGAGAAUGAGGUGUAUCGGAACCCAAAGCCGUCGCUCGUCGACCGCUCUGUCCUCGAUUUCCUCGGUGACAGGAUGGUGCCCCCUGACAUUUACGUGGAUGGCACAUUCCCGAGGAGGCCCGUCCUGCCUGAUGUGGGGAUGAUCAGCACCGUGCUGGGGCCUGGCUGUCGGCAGCAGCCACGCAGCGCUUCCCCGGACUCUGACCUGGAGUGCAUCGCGCAGGCCCGGGCCAGGGUGAUGGAGCUGGAAAAGGAGGCCGAGUACUUGGAGGAAGCCUACAGGAGUUACCAACACAGGGUAAUGCUGAAUGCAGCUGCAAGCAGAACACCAAGGAAGAUGCAGCCUCCUUUAAUUCUGCAGUGUCCUCUUAGUAGACACCCUUCAACUACCCAGCAGCAGGAACUGUUAGAGGAUAAUCCCAGCUCCCCACAUUCCCCUCUGAGCAGUGCAAGAGGUGAGGAACACAUCAAAAGAACUGGGCAGGUCGAUAUCUUUAAGACUCCCUUAACGUCACCACACAGAGGAGCAUCUUCUUCAAGACGCCUUUCUUCUACUCCCAUUUCCAAACCGAAGAGAGACCUCAGUAACAAGAAAAUUCCAGAUGACAUCAAGAGCUCGUCCCUUUCCUCUUCACAACGGAGUGUUGACCAGGUUCUUUCUCCUAUUUCAAAGCCAUAUUUGCUUUCAUCUUCCGAGUCUGUUCCUUCUUCACCAUCCAGUCAUGGCCAGAAAAUCAGACUUCAGAGUCAACAAACAGAUAAACAAGAUUUCAGUGAUAUCCAGAAACCAGAGAAACUAAGGUAUGAGGAUCUUGAAGAACACAUUUAUACUCUUGAAGAUCAGGGGGACAUACCAGAGGAGUGUAAAAGUGAUGUCUUGCAUCCAUCUGGGGACAUUGUCCAUGGAAACUGUGCCACAGCCCCUGUGCCAGCAACAGCCACUUCACUGCAGGACUUAACAGUGCUAGAUCAAAGGCAGAUUGAAGAAGAGAACAGAGAAGCUGAGAAUAUCUUAGAAGAAGAAAGGAAAGCAAGAGAAGAAAGAAGAGAGAAAGAACAACAGGAAGCUUUGGAAAGCGAGCAAAAAGAAGUGGAAAAGCUUAACAAAGAGGCGUGUAUCCAAGACUCGAUAAAAACAGAUGAAGAAAUAGAAGAUAAAGAGGGAUUAAAAUCUGAGCACAGUAACACUGAUGCUGAAAAUAAUGUAAAGGAUCCUCCUUCCAAUCCAUUAGAAAAAUACAUGAGAAUAAUUCAGCAGAGAAGAGAGAAGGAACUGGAAAACAAGGAUUCAAAAAAAGAAGAAAUAAGAGAAGUGUCACCUUCAGAAGGACUUUUAUCUACUGAAAAUGAUGACAGUGUUGCAGACAUUUCUCAUGGAGAUGUGGAUGAAAGCUUCUGGUGAACAAUAACUACUGAUUUUUUUAAUUUUUAUUAUUAUUAUGAGAUAUUUUUAAAGUAUCUUUGUGCCUGUAAUAAAUGUUAGGCACCAACACUGCAGGCUGUGUAAUUAUAAAUUAAUAAAGCUGAUUUUGAUCUGUUU